AUGUGUACGCUCCAGAGCCCCCUUCUUCAUCUGACCGAACUCGACCUCUCAAGAAACCGGCUCGAGGCCCUGCCAGCAGACAUGACUUCAUUAGUACCUUAUCUGAGCUACCUCAACCUCUCUCACAAUCAAUUUACGGAAAUCCCAAUGGAGCUUUGUCGGCUUACGAACCUUCAAGCGCUGAUCAUGUCCCAGAAUCGCAUCGAAGGUCCUGUCCCACCCCAGAUCUGUGCGAGCCUCGCUCAGCUCAAGACUCUGCGACUCUGUGCGAACCAAAUCACAUCGCUGCCCCACACACUCGCGCGUCUCAACAAGCUGGAGUCACUGUCCAUGGGCUCUGUCUAUGGUGGCAACCUCUUGACAGCGUUCCCAGCCGACUGCAUCCAGCACAUGUCUGCGCUCAGGGAGCUGGAUCUGAGCCAUAACAAGCUGUGCUUCCUACCCGCAGACAUAGGUCAUGUGCAUUCACACUUACGACAAUUGACUGCGUCCGAUAACAAGCUGGAGGCCAUUCCCAAGUCCAUCGGCCUUUGCAAAGAGCUUCGAAGCCUGAACCUGGGACGCAAUCAGCUGACGAGUUUGCCGACAGAGAUCGCAGACCUCAAGCAGCUCGAUACACUGGAUCUGAGCGAGAACCUGCUAUGUGUCAUCCCA